AUGGCCCGUGACGCUCAGGUCCUUGAGCAAUGCAUGUCUUCGAUCCCCCUGGCCAACUCGGCCGUCUCCUACGCGAGGCCUAAUCCAUAUAGUGUUUACUCCGAUGAUACCCGCAACCCCGUCCUCUACAUGAAGGUACCGAGGCAGCGUAACGUCGUACCUUCGGGGAACGGUACAGCAGGAUUUCGACAAUUCGAGGCUAUGGAAAAAGUCGUUGAGCCAUUGGGGCCUGAGCUGUGCAGCAUCUACUUCAAUAACAUCCAUCCGGUGUUCCCGAUUCUAGAUGAGAAGACCGUUCUAGAGGCAUAUCAGCAGGAUGGUCUCCCGUAUGCCCUUGCAUGUGAGAUCUAUGCUUGCUCGCUGCUACUCUGGAAAUCAUCAUCAAAGAUCAAGGCCAGCAACCGUCCGGUCCCGGACAUAAAAUAUAUGUGGAAUCUGACGGUCAGCGCGAUGAACGAUGAUUUCCUGAGCCCCAAUUUCUCCACAAUCUUGGCUUGCAUCCUAGAUCUACUGGGCCGCCCAAUUACGUCCAUCACGUACAACGCGGUUAAUGUCGGUCGGGUGGUUGCGCUGUCUCAGAGCUUGGGGUUGAAUCGCAAUCCUGCCACUUGGGGUCUAGACCCGCGCCAAAAGAGCCUACGGAUUCGGACUUGGUGGGGGAUCCUGAUCCAUGACCAGUGGGCGAGUCUAUCUCAUGGAACACCGCCGCAUGUUCAUAAAUCCGUCUGGGAUGUGCCGUUGCCGGAUUCGGAUUCGCUCAUGGUCAAAAUUACACCAGGCGAAGCUUUUCCAAGUGAUGCUCGAGUCCAAGGAGCUUACUCCUUCAUCUCUCUUUGCUCCCUAACGACCCUCCUCGGACAUAUCCUCCCAUUGAUAUAUGUCCUGGAGGUUCAACCUCUAGAAACCUCUUUUAGGGCACUACGACGCCACGAAACUACACUGAACGAGUGGGAGGAAGGUCUCCCGACAUGGCUACGACCCACCUCUCCGGCCUUUCAGCGAAAAGCAGCAGGGGCGCUUAAUCUCCAGCUCUCCUUCCUUGCCGUCAAGAUGUGCCUUUCGAGGAUCGCGCUCCUGGAGAUCCACAGAGCAAAUGAAUCGCCAGCCGAAGAAGAUAAACUAUACUACCGCUCGAGAUGUCGGAAGGCUGCGAGAGCAGUGAUUGACUUUGCGACCAAUUUGGCUGGCGACGAACUGGAUGCUUUCUGGUUACCAUAUACAGCAUACCACUUCACUUCAGCGGCAACUCUGACCCUCCGCUGCGCACUGGAAGCCGAAAACGCCGACACCGCGCAGGACUGCGUUGCGAGCGCGAAGAAACUCAUCGACUUCCUGCGCCGCAUGAAGAACGAGGUUAACUGGGAUCUUGCUGAUAUCUGUCUCGGACAGUGUGAGGCUGUCGUUGACAAGCUGUGCGAUACAGAGUAUCUCGAGAUGUGGCGGAAGAGCCCCCAUCCGCCUUCACAGAAUGCACCAGACAGGGGACACCAGAACCAUGGUCAUAAUGGCGCCUCGUUAGCUCACUUGCCUGCCCGCAACGCUAUACUGGACGCUGAAAAUCAGAACGAGAUCACAUUCCAACAACAAUCCUCAACCCACAUGGCUGGCGAUUCUGGAAACGAUUGUUUUGCGGACCCGGGCUUCUUACAAACGUUCAUGACGUUUGGGUCUAUGCCAGGCAUGAUGGCCGAGUCUCCGGCGUUCCCUGACCUAUGGCAGAUGCCUUAUCUGGACGAAUACGGCUUUCGCGGGCUUUAG